AUGAGUCGAGCUCAUAAUCUUAAUAAAGCGGAUUGCAGGCGCUUAUACCGCAAUGGUGUAGAUAUUGCACAUCGUGUUGAUCACUCCAUCAAGGAGAUCUCGAUUGCAGCACUUUUACAGCCUCCUCAUGUGGAUCAUCGUUUGAGGUUAAGAGCUAUAUGUGAACAAUUGCUAUUGUCAGAUGAUGAAGAUAUGGGAAAGAUGAUUGAAGAUGUUAUGUGGAAGAAGGAAUUACAUGAAGAUCUAGAUACAAAGACAGCGUUUGCAAAUUAUUUGUUAUCAGCAAUAGAUUUUUACAAAAGCUUUUUAAGAAAACUAGGCCAAGCGUUUAAUAUUGAUUUAACGUGCGUAUUCUUAGAUAAUAUUGACAGUACUGAUGACGAUACUGAGACAGCAGCAAUAACAAUUACAUCUCCAAAAGUUGAUUGGGCAAAAGAUGCAAGCGGACGAUGCUUAAUUUACAUUGGAGAUCUAGCUCGCUACUACACAGAUUAUGAUAGUGUUAAAGGCCAUGAGAUAGCUUUGGAACAUUAUCAUAAAGCUAUGUGUUUUCGUCCUGACUGGGGUAUAUCUCAUAAUCAACUGGGAACCUUACAUGUCAAUUUUAAUUUCGGCCUGGACACUAUUUAUUACUACAUGAGAUGUCUAUAUAGCACAGUACCUUUUGAUGGUAUCAUUAAUAACGUUAAGCGCCAUAUCAGCAAAACCUAUAAGGAAAUGCUUCAAAUGCUUCAAUAUGGAGAACCAGAAACAAUUACGCGGGAAUAUAUUUUGAAAAGAUUAGUUAUUAAUUUUAUAUAUCUUAACAGUAAUCUAAGUCCAAAUACCAGUAUGACGAUUGAACAACUUAAUGAACUUUGUGAGAAAGUAAUAAAAGAUUUUAAAGAAUAUACUGCAUACGGUUUUGAGUUUUGUGAAAACGAAAGUUUAUACUCCGUCAAACCGGACGCGGAUUACGAUCUUGUAGACUGUAAUAUUCUUUUUAAGUUACUGGCCGUUUUAUAUAUGUCAGAAUAUAAUCUGUCGCAGAUGGGUGCACCCCAGGAAACUAUAUCUGUUGCAAUCAUUAUCGCUGUUCUAACUAGAAUAGCCCAAUGCGUUACGUACUAUAUAACCUAUGGAGAGAAUGAACAAGACUUAGAUGAUAACGAUUCAGCAUCGAAUGCACUAAAGACCAGUGAAGGAUCUAGCGAUUGCCAUGAAAUGAAUAACUACAAUAGUGAUAAUGAUAAAGAUGAUCCUCAAACUAAAAAAAUGAAAGCAAAGAAACUAUUAUACAAGAAAGCUAGAGCUAGAAGACGACGUAAAACUAGUGAUUCCGAAGAUGAAAGUAGUGACAACAACGAAGAUUAUAGUGAUAGCUCAUUUUCUGGGAGCAUAUCGCAUCAUAGUGAUUCUGAAUCGCGUUCACUUCAAGUCUCUUCUUCAAGUGAAUGGUCAACUGACAGUGAAAACAGUGAAUCUGAAUUAGUUACAGAUACAGAGGAAAAUAUUAUUGAAAAUAAUACAGCCUCUGGAGAAGUUCAACCAGUUAUAAAUGUUAAUAAUCAUACGAUUGGUGACGUUGUUGAUAGUACUGAUACUGUAAAUCCUGAGGGGUCAAAUCGCAAUGACUCAGAAUGUGAAGUUGCAACCGAUCAGCCAGAUUUUCACGUGGACAUCGAGAAGCAGCGAAGACUACGCAAAAUUAGUAAUAAAUUGCUUAAUGUUUUAAAAAUUGGAACAGAUUGGCUGAUAAGCCAUGAGGAAGUUCUGGAUAAAUAUCAAGAGGAUCUUGCUCAGUUUUGGUCUGAUUAUGCGACGCUAUUAAACUGCAUUAUCAUGACUUAUCCUCAAGCAAUCCAACAAAAUUUUGAUCAAAUUGACCCUUUACCGGAGGACAUCUACUUAUUAGGUUUUAAGCCUUUAGAACGUAUUCACAUUAAUAUUAAGCCUAAUAGCCGAAAUUUGCAAAAAAUCGCUAAAUCCGAUCUGCCAAUGCAAGGUUUAAUUUGGGUAGCAAAUGAAUGUCAAUUUUAUGGGCCGCUUCAAUUAGCUGAAUAUAAAGCAGAAGUUACAGUACAGAUAAGCAAGGAAGAAGAAGACAAGGCAAAGGCUAAACGCCUUCAAGCUAUGAAAAUGAUGGCGCAAAUGAAAUUGAAGUCAGACGUAGAGUCACUUGAAGCUAACGUUGCUUCACGUGAUGCAAAUAAAGGAGUUACAAUAUCGCCCUAUUUAGUACCAGAUGCUUUCGCGUUUUGCAAUUCUCUCAGAGCAAUCCAAGACUUCAGCCAUAGCGGACAACUAGUCAUUAUAGUGCCUCUAGCAGUUGUACAGUCGCUUGAUAAUAUGAAAAAGAUAAGUGCCCAAGCCAGGCAGGCAAUAAAAUAUUUAGAAGUUCAAUUUAAGAAAGGCAACAGAUGGCUAAGAGCGCAAAACGAUAAUGAAAUGUCUUCAAAGAUUAAAAGGCGGAAAAACCAAGGCCAAGAAAACUGGAUUUAUGAACAAAUCAUUGAUUGCUGUUGUUACUUCAGUGAAGGCAAACAGAAUAUGGUAACACUAUUAACAGGCAUUGACUUACGAAAUGAAGAAAUAGCUGCAAAUAAAGGCUUAGAUUCAAAUAUGCUAGAACUUGCAAAAAAGCAAGAUGUCAAAAUAGAAAACAUUAAGCUGUUUACCAAAAAAUGGAAAUCGUAUAAGCGUAAAUAA